AUGUUUGCCAUCAAAAUAGCUUUUCAACGUGAGUUUGAAUACAAUUUUCGAAUGUUUUUUCAUCAGUUUCGUCAAUUUCAGAAGUUGAUAAUAAUGAACAGAUGCUGAAAAACGACACACAAGCUCGUGGCACAGCAUAUGACAGUGAGUGGCGAUUUUUUUGUAAAUUUCUGAUGAAAAGCAGCAAUUUUUAGGGCCGGACAUUCCCGACAACACACAUCCCGAAUCUGGACAAAUAGUUGACGUUCGGAGGGCGAGAGAGCUUAGAAGUGAGUGGAUUUCAGUGAAAUUCAGAACUGAGAAUCGUUUCCUUUAGACAUUGAUUCCGACGCGACAGUUAAUGACGUCAAUCGCCCAGAAUCCGGACCAAAAGUCGGUUUCGGGAAGGCGGAAGCCGCACGAGGUGAGUGGAAUCGUCAACGGAUUGCAGACAAAACUUUGAAUUGUAUCUUUCAGUCGCCGAUUUCAGUGGGACCGUAAAUGGGUUGAGUGCAUCGGGAACUGGCGUCCGGAAGCCGAGAGCCGCACAAAGUGAGCGAUCGAUCCGUCCGAAUUCCAAUCAGAACACUUUCCAAUUUUCAGCCACCGACUUCGACGGAAUGGUCGGGGAACUGGGUGGGACUGCCCAUAUCGUCACUUCGAUUGCCCUCCAGAACGGACUCAUCGACGGAUCGAUCCCCGCCGACAAGGCCUUCUCCGAACUGAUGCGAAUCCCUUCUUCCGAUCUCAAACAGUUGGCGCAGUUCGAUGAUGUCAAAGUGAAUGCGUUCUUCGGGAAAGUCAAGGAAGUGGCGCUGAAAAUUCCCGACAAUCAAGCGGAACAGAAGGCCGAGAAGAUGAUUGAAUUGGUGACCGAAUGGACGCUCCACUACAAGAAAAUCAGCUCCGUGAGCGAUGUGAAGAAAGCCAAGGACUACUUCCUACACGUCAAUGCGAUUUCACGGGACCCAAUCGACGUGAGCAGCCUGGACACGAUCCUUCCGUUCAUUGAGGAAGUUAUCGGGAAUCUGGAUAAAGUUAUAUUAUCAGUCAGCAACAACAGCCAGCCGGUCAUAUUUUACGCAGCACACUAUUUGACCCUCCACAAAUUAUUGCCGUCGUACAAAACCGAAAUCGAAAAAUUUGUAAAGCUUUUCGAGAUCCUGCUGAAGUACGCUCCUCUUCUGGACACUGGAUCGCUUUCCGCGACGUCACAAGGCCAGAUAAUGGCGAUUAUCGAUAUUCACUUAAAAAGAUCGAGCGAGUUGGUUGUACUCGUCCAACCUGAAAAGGAUGCCCUGCUCACCGGCUUCUCGUCCACCAGGGGCCUCUUUGACGAGUCAGAAGCCAUCCGUCCGGACCUGGCCAGCAUGCAGACACUUGUGGACUCCCAGACUGAUCCUGCUGCCCAGAAGAACCUUGUCUUCACUUCCGGAUAUGCCCACGGAUACGCCGAUCUGAAGACGUUGCCGACGGAUGUUCAGAAGACGUCACUCAAUGAUGGAUUCCCUUCGAACGUCGUCUCGUCUGGAUUGGAGCCUCUGAAUGUCGUUGCGGACAAGACGACGUCUCUGGAGACGAACUGGAAACCGCUCGCGGAUCCUGCGCAAUCGGAAGCUGUUAGACGAGCUGUUCUUGUGCACGAAGACAUCAGAAAGGUUCAUUCGGUGGACCAGAUCUCUGCCGACGACAUUUCGAAGAUGAGCAGCUGCUCUCUAUCGGCUCCUGUUCUCUCCUCAAAGUUUCACCCCAUAACGUUUCUCAUCACGGCGUCGACUUCUCUUCACGAUCAUCUUGUCCAGUUUGUUCCUGCCUUGAGAGCUCUGGAACAGGCCGAACAUCUGAAGUACAUUGAUCCGUUCGACCAACUGGCUCAAUUGAUCGUCUUCAAAGACCCAAAUAACCCUGAAGUAGAUGAGCUGAAGUUAAUCAUUGAAAAAGCAAAGGACUUCCCACACCUCGACAAAAUGAAGUCCACUCUGGUCGGCCUGAAAUCCGUGCUCAGUAAAAUCAAAACCACACUGAAAGCCGCCGAAUUGCCGCCGUUGGUCGAGGAGCUCGCAGGGAAGGAAUCGGAGAUUGACACGUUUGUGCAGAACAGCAGAGACUACGUGCAAAUGUUCGAGUGCUACAAGGGACUGGCGCCGAAGAUGCAAUCGUUGAGCACGUCGAUCAAAGUGACCAAAAAGAUAAGAAUCUUCGGGAAGGACACCCAAUUCACCGCCAAUCUGAAGACUGUCACCGACGCCAUUUCCGGAUCGAAACCAGUUCUGAAGUCGUUGGAUUCAGUGCCGGACGAGAUGAAGAAGAAGGAAGACGUGGCGGAAGUGAUGAAGUUGAAGGCACUCGGAGGACUCGGAAAAGAGGCGAAAGUGUUCGGAGACUCGGUGCACGCAGUGGUGAACGUCGACAAGGCUCUGAAACAGAAGGAUAAGUUCGAGAACUUCCUGAAGGUCGGAUCAAAGGUCACCGGCGAGAUUGCGAAGAUCCAGGAUCCGAGUGUGAAGGCGGAGAUUCAAAAUCUGUGGGGCGACUUCGAUCAGACCAAGACGGAGGUGACAGAACUGCUCCUCGAUCUGAAGACUCGGAAGGACCGCGCGAUUUCCCCGAAGAGAAUGAGAAGAGCGACGACUUCUGGAUUUGCAAAGUGGAAGCUCUUCUUCAGUCAUUUCUUCAAUAUGAAAUCAGUGGAUUUGCACGUGGAGGCGAGGCUGUCUGCAUUGGAAAAACUGAAGACGGUUGCUCCGACAACUACACUCGUCGACUCUGUGAAUCAAGCUCUGAUCGCCGUGAGGAGUGCCGACUUGGACUUUUCCCGUUUCGGCCCAUCUUUGAAGACGGUAGAAACCAGUCUUAGCACUAUGGAUACGAUUUUCGCGAACGUCAGCAAGUCUGCUCCAAUUCCAAAUGCUCCGAUUCCGCCAGCCAAGAAGCCAACAACGUCGACCGUCAAGCCAAUUGUUUCUCCGUGAGUGGACUAACUUUCCGGCUCUUCCAUCCCCUAACUUAUUUUUUUCAGAACUUCGACUCCGUUUACAAUCGCCACUUCAACUGCCGAAUACAUAUUCCUUUUCACCGCCUACAUGGGGUAAUCUCAACUUUAACAGCUAUGACUUCUAUUACUUUCGAUUUCAGAGUGGAUAUUCCUAUCAUUAUAGCGAUUGUCGCGUUGAUUGUCGGCAUGAUCGUUCUUGUAGUGUGUUGGUGUCGUGGAAGAUGUAGAUGGUGGGCGAAGAAGGCAAAAUCGGAUGAAAAGACGCCGUUGAUCGAUCGGACCGAUGAAAACCACGUUAAGACUCAAGAAGCUCCAAGCGAGGCGGUCGUUGAUCUACCGGGAAAUGAAAAAAAAGAGAAUAAAGGAGAAACGGUGAACGAGCAACAGCAGUUCCAGAAGCCAAAAGACUCAGAAGCCGUUAUUAAAGCAGAAAAUGAACAGCAGCCGAUUGUGGAAGAGAUUGUUGAAGAGAAUGUUGAAGGAAAUAGGCGUAGGAACCGAAGGGAACAAGUGAAGCCGAACCGACACGGGAUCAUAGGAACUGUGCACGCGCAGAGGCUAAGACAAGAAAGAAAGAAGAAGGCUAAGAAAAUUUGGGAAAAAAGGAGGAAAGCCCAGGCGCUUGGUAUUGUCACCAUAAUCUGUCGUCAACACUGAUCUUCGAAAUUUUUCAGCGCGGAAGGAUUCCAUCGCAGAGAUCUCAAUGCCAAAUAAUGUUAAGAAUUUUGUGAGCAACUGGGGAUACUCUCCACUUCUUCUACUGAAAGUGAAAGGUGCCUUGAUCCAGCGGCCCAAAAGUGCAGCCUCAAAUUGGUUCGACCACUUUACAUCAGCGGAGCGUGUGGACGAGUACGGCCAAAACGAAUUUAUUGAAGGAGAAAAGCAUUUGGACAGAUGCCGGUUUGUUCCGCCAUAUUUUGCAUUCAUUUUCACUGUGAACUUUUUUUUUCAGCGGCGGUUUGAAGUGUGUUUCCCAAUCCAUCAAAGGACUCAGCAACUUCUUCCACAUGAAUGAGAUCUCUCAGCCACUUGACAGACCCAUUCUCGUCGGCCAAGGACCUUCCAGCGCUGCCGAAAAUAUGGCAGACACCCGACAAGAUCUGCUCAUCAACUGCAUGAAGAUGAAAAUCGAGACUGUCGUUGUGUGCGGCAGUAACGUCGAGGAUGGAGAGAUACGUUGGGCCAAUUACAUUCCGAAUGACAAGAAUGAGGUCUUAUCGUUUGGCGACAUCGCAGUGAAAGUGUUGGAGAGACACGAUGGAAAGGAGGUGAUCAGAAAGGAGCUCCUCCUUACGGGACCUGUAGAUGGAAAGGCUUGCCAGCACUUGGUGACCGUCUAUCAGUUUCCUAAAUGGAAAAAGGAAUGACUCCGUCUCUGUUCGACUCUGAUCUCAUUGAGGACAUUUGCACGGUGAUCCAUAAACUCCGAAAUAAAAAGGUGAGUGGUGAGCAAUAUAGGGAACUCAUUCCGACCGUAUCCGAUUACAGGGUCGGGUGUUCGUGCAUAGCUCCAUGGGAACGGAUCGUGCUUGCUGUUUUGCCGGCGUUUGGCUGCUCAUCCAAAUGAUUCAACAAGACCAAUUGGCGAGUCUGCCGAGAUUCGUGCGCGAGAUGCAAAAGUACCGAUUCGGAGCAUUCAGUGGACCCAACGGUGGAAAUCUGCUCUACUUGACACAGAUCCUGGCGACUCGUCUCGCAUGGGAGGAUCUGAGUGAGAAUAAACAAAUGACGGAUGAGCAGAAUGUUGCGUGCGUGACUGAUUUGCGAAACUUGGCCGAAUACGACACAGUCGGCGAGGAUGUGAGGAGGGAGGUGAUCGAAUAUGUGAAUAAGAGGGCUGCCGAGACGGCCGACGCCACGUUCACUGCAUCGAUUUUGAGCAAGCUCAGAGAAUGGAGAGAGUCGUUCCACGUAAAAGAGGUAUUGAGUGCACAUCAUCCGAUGACUCUUACUCGUUGGUUUUUGCAGACUGACCACGAGAGCAUUCGAACGGCUCGCUCGUUGUCGUCCCUCUCUACUCUCCACACUGCCAGAGAUUAA